UAAACCAUACAAUGUCAAAGGCUAUACGAUAUUCGCUUGGUUGUGUUAGUUAGAUUAUGAUUUAUAAGCUGUUAUUUUAAGUGAUACAAUCGCCCCGGUCUACCCGAGUAAAAGUGCGAGCAUUAUCAUUAUUGUAUGUCACUCGCGCACAUGUCAACGGUCAGACGGCGCUGCGCAAACGCUCAUCAUGUUAUCAUAUUCCAAGUGUUUUGUUUGGCUAUUAUACUCGUAGGUAGCACCGCAGAUAGUGCUGGUAUGUACUAUAAAUUUACAGCUUUAGUAUUUUUACAAGCUGUCUUAACUGCACACGUGUACAUGUACUUAAAUUGGCACUUACAACGGGUGACAUUACCUUCUGAUAUGAUCAAAUGUAAACUCAGUAAACUAUAAAGCUCAACAUUAUAAACAACACUAUUACUUAUAACUCGGUAAGGUUAGUAUAUGUUUUUUUUUUCAAUAUAAUGCUACCAUUGCCCCUGCCUUCCCUACUAAUAUAAAAAUGCAAGCAUUAUGAUUUGUACAUCACUCGCGCGCAAGUCAACGGUCAUACGGUACUCUGCAAACGCUCAUCAUGUUAUCAUAUUCCAAGUGCUUGCUAUGUUUGUUGGCUAUUAGCAGCGUCGAUAAUGUUGAAAGCUACUCAAAAUAUCCGGAUCUCAAAGGUCUUGAACAAUAUUAUCACUAUCAGACUAUAAAUGGAGAAAAAGUUGAACUGCAAGUGUAUUAUGAAUGCCUGUGCCCUGACUGCACAUCAUUUCAUCUAGGCCCUUUAGACGACGUUUACAAGAAAAUCGGAUCUUACAUAAAUCUAAAAUUAUAUCCGUAUGGAAAUGCUAAGAGAACAGAAGAAAAUGGUAAGACCGUAAUAACCUGCCAGCAUGGACCAGCCGAGUGUUACGGCAACAAGCUGCAUGCAUGCGCCAUCGACAUACUGAAGGACAUCAGUAAAUCCGAAUUCUACAACUCCUGUAUGAUGAACGGGACAUGGGGAGGCAGAGGUUCCACUGAUUUGGACGCUACUAAUUGCGGACAGUCAAUGGGAAUCGAUUCAAAGCCGAUCAUUGCAUGCGCUAAAAGUAAAAGAGGUGAAGACCUUCUGGAAUACUACGGAAAGGAAACAGACAGGCUGAUCAACAAAACAUACGUGCCCUGGGUACUGAUAAACGGAGAGCUGUUUGACACCGAUGACGAUUUGAUGAAGAAAAUCUGUGAAACUUUGAGCAAUUCGCCACCUCCGUGUGCAGAAUUAAGAGAUUAAAUCUCCGCUUUCCAUCUAUUUAUCAUCUAUUCACUACAAUCAUAUAGUUCACGAUACCAUAGAGUAUUUAUUAAUCUAUAAGUAAAUAUAAUAUUGUAAAUGUAUACAACUAUCUUAAACAAUAUAUAUAAUAACGAUCAUUAAUCAAUAUCAAAAUAGGUAUAAAUGGGUACCUAUGGGUAUUCCUCUGCGACUGGGAAGUACUAUUAAUUCACGUAUCUUUAAUAUUUCGUUUUUUCUCCAAUAGAUACUAUCCUAUAAAUACAAUGCAUUGUUUUAAAAUGGAUAUCAUACUCGUAUCAACAUAAUGUGAUGAAAUACGAGUAAGUAAAGAUGCGAGAUGAGAAAGAUAGGUAGUUGAAGUAUUAAGAAAACAAUGCAGGCGUUAUAAAUAUAAAUACGUACCUAAUAAUAUUUUGUAAUAUUUUUAUUAACAGACUUCAAGAUUUCAAAAGGAGGAGGUUAUCAAUUCAGUGUGUAUGUUUUUUUAUUGUAUUUUUUAAAAGGUUUGUUACUUCAUAACUCCGUCAUUUCUGAACCGAUUUUGAAAAUUAUUUUUUUAUUUUAAUCUAUAUAUAUACAGAUUGGUCCCGUUUUUGUCAAAACUCAGUUCUGAUGAUGGGAUCCAUGACGAAUCGAGGGAACUCUUCAAAUGUGAAGAGCAUACAUAAAGUUAUUUUUGCAUUUUCAUCAACAAAUCAAGCAUUUACAUUUGUAGAAGUGACAUUUGAUGAAGCGGAACUGCUGAUGAUGAACAUAAUGGAACUCUUUAUCGCCGCAUAGUUCACGUUUGGCAAUCUGUUCUCUUCGCAUGUUUGUGAAGCAGUUAGGUUUUCAAGGUACAUUUUUGUCAAGCUUGAGUUUUGAUGAUGGGUUCCAUGAGGAAUUGAGGGUACUUCCAACUCUUUUAAGCAAACUUAUAGCCAUUUUUAAUAUUGUUUCAUGCACGGUGUGAAAUAAUUUAUUUUAAAUAUAGUCGAAUACCCUAUUGCGGGUAAUAUACCAAUCUUUUUAAUUUCAUUGUAUGAAAUCCAAAAUCAAUCAAUAAUCUUUCUUUCACCGGUCUCCCUCAUUGAAGUUGGUUUUUUUUUCUUAAAAAUUAUAUAUAUACGUAAUUAUUAUUCUUUAUCUUAGUAAAAAAUAUGUUAUUAAAAAUAUGCCUCUUAUUAUA